CGCGGCGGCCGGGAUGGCGCGGCGCUGGCCGCGCGGCUAGACGGGCGCCGGAGGAGCCGCCGGCUCGCGCCCUCCGUUCUCUGCCUCCCCGAGCCGGCGCCGCGCCGCGGGGAGCCGCCUUCGCCUACGCGGGGCACCUGGACGCUCGCGAGAUGCCCAACCCCAAAAACAGUAAAGGCGGCCGCAAAAACAAGCGCGCCAACAGCAGCGGGGACGAGCAGGAAAAUGGAGCCGGAGCCCUGGCAGCGGCGGGCGCGGCGGGCGCGGCGGCCGGGGGGGCCCUGGCGGCGGCGGUCGGCUGCGGAGCGGCGGCGGCUGGAGCACCGAGCACCGGGGGCGCGGCAGGCGCGGGAGGCGCGGGGCCCGGCGCUGCCAACGCCGCGGCCGCCGCGGGGGCUGCAGCCGCGGGCGACGCCAAGAACGAAGCGCCUUGUGCGACGCCCCUGAUCUGCAGCUUCGGGAGGCCAGUGGACCUGGAGAAGGACGACUACCAGAAGGUGGUGUGCAACAACGAGCACUGCCCCUACAGCACCUGGAUGCACCUGCAGUGCUUCUACGAGUGGGAGAGCAGCAUCCUGGUCCAGUUCAACUGCAUCGGCCGGGCCCGCAGCUGGAACGAGAAGCAGUGCCGCCAGAACAUGUGGACCAAGAAGGGCUACGACCUGGCCUUCCGCUUCUGCUCCUGCCGCUGCGGCCAGGGCCACCUGAAGAAGGACACAGACUGGUACCAGGUGAAGCGGAUGCAGGAUGAGAAGAAGAAGAAGUCGGGAUCGGAGAAGAACACGGGGAGGCCCCCCGGCGAGGCGGUAGAGGAGGCAAAAAAGUGCCGGCCGCCCACCAAGCCUCAGAAAGGCCUGGCCCACGACCUCCCCCGCCGGCAUUCCAUGGACCGGCAGAACUCCCAGGAGAAAGCCGUGGGGGCUGCUGCAUACGGCGCCCGGUCCCCCUGCGGCUCCCCGGGCCAGUCCCCGCCCACUGGCUACUCCAUCCUCUCCCCUGCCCACUUCAGCGGCCCCCGCUCCUCCAGGUACCUCGGGGAGUUCUUAAAGAACGCCAUCCACCUGGAGCCUCACAAAAAGGCCCUGGCGGGGGGCCAUGUGUUCCGAAACGCCCACUUUGACUACAGCCCGGCGGGGUUGUCGGUUCACAGGGGGGGCCACUUCGACACGCCCGUGCAGUUCCUGCGGCGCCUCGACCUCUCAGAGCUGCUCGCUCACAUCCCCCGGCAUAAGCUGAACACUUUCCACGUGCGGAUGGAGGACGAUGCCCAGAUGGGCCAGGGCGAGGAUCUGCGGAAGUUCAUCCUCGCGGCCCUCAGCGCCAGCCACAGAAACGUGGUGAACUGCGCCCUGUGCCACCGGGCGCUGCCGGUGUUCGAGCAGUUCCCACUGGUGGACGGGACUCUGUUCUUAAGCCCUUCGAGACACGAUGAGAUCGAGUACGAUGUUCCCUGUCACCUUCAAGGGAGGCUCAUGCACCUGUACGCGGUGUGCGUGGACUGCCUGGAAGGGGUUCACAAGAUCAUCUGCAUCAAGUGUAAGUCGCGGUGGGACGGCAGCUGGCACCAGCUGGGCACCAUGUACACCUAUGACAUCCUGGCCGCCUCUCCGUGCUGUCAGGCCCGCCUGAACUGUAAGCACUGCGGGAAGCCCGUGAUCGACGUGCGGAUCGGCAUGCAGUACUUCUCCGAGUACAGCAACGUCCAGCAGUGCCCACACUGUGGCAACCUGGACUACCAUUUCGUGAAGCCAUUUUCCUCCUUCAAGGUUCUCGAAGCGUAUUGAUGAAAGCUUUGCUUUAGUCUAGCUAUUUUAUUGAUAUUGUUACUUUAUUACAUAUCUUUUCUAGGGAAGCAGACUGCGACAUUAAUUUCUUUUCUAAUUCAGAGGAGAGUUCCUUUGUGUAUGUGUGCCACUGAAAGGGCGCUGCCCCUGCCCUCUCUUGACUCCUGAGUGUUGGUCUGUGGUUGUGACCAGAGCCCACCUGGGGCCUCCUGUGAGUCUGGGGGAGUGGUUCGCUAUCACUAAGAGUCUCUCAUGCAGCUUUUAAGGUGGUGGGGAGGAUGGGGUGAAUUUAGGAAAGGGAUUAUGUGGUGGGAAACUAAGGGCAUGGUAGGUGCUGGGAAGAAACUCUUACUAAAACGUUAACUGUCUGCAGACCCGCUUUUAGAUCUUCACUGGGCCUUGGGAAGAACACAAGACAAGUGAAUGUAAGUCUGUGCCUGGAGAGCUGGUGGUGGGUUAGUCCACCUUGGUGCAGUGCUCUGCAGCGCACCUGACCUGCAGGUGACCCUCACUGACAGAUUAUUUGAAAGUGGACGUGAGCCCUGACCCUAUCCCUGUUGCAAUUUAGCAGCCAGUUUUCAUACUGAAAAUAAUAUCCAAAUUAUAAGACAUAUGCAAACUGUUGGUGUUGCACCGAUUUUUAAGGUAAGCUGAUCUGUAACAAAGAGAAUAUGCCAAAUGUAUUUGGAAAUGAUGCACACCGACUCAAGAGGGCAAAAAGGCAGAACCCUGUUAUUUGAAUUGUGUCUCUGAAGUUGGUCAAACUCUUAAGGAGAAUCCGUGAGUAAUGUGAUUUGGGCAGUACUGAUUUAUGUAGGUCGUGCACUGUCCAAGUGCCAUUUGAUGUCAGAUCCUUCUCACAGGAUAAAUCUCACAGCCGCAGACCCUAACUGCUAAGUUUCAGAACCAGUCCUUGCUCUACUUAUCUUCCCCCCAGAUUGCUGUGGCUGCAUUUUACCCAUUUAAUGCUGAGUUUCCAAAAUCAAAGAUUUGACCCUAAGAAGGAAAGGAGAAACAUAUCUGUGGGGCUAUGAGAAAAAAAAAAUGUUAAUAUUUCUUUUUAAAGUGUGUUUCAUUUUGGAAAGUCACUGAUUGUAAUGCAUAACAAUAUGUUUGAAAGUAGAUUUUUCAAAGAUCUUCAUGACACCUUUCCUUUGGUGAAAAAGAUGAUAAUUUAUAGAAUAUGAUUAGUCAGAGUAUUGAGCUUACCAAAAUACAGCCUUCUGUUCACUAGAGUGUGAUAAUUUAAAUAACUGGCACCCCAUACCUUUACAGAACUGGAACUGGAAUAUGAUUUCUCAAAAAUGAAUUUGAUAAUUUCAAGUAAAAUACGCAUAUAUGCUAAAAGAAUGCUGAGAAUACGAUCCUUCUAUGGGUGGCUAAAUUUGGGGUUAUGUGAACAUUUUCUAAUACUUACUUCGUUUAUACCAUUUUUUCCUCAGAGAAACAGUUGUUUUUCCUCUUAGAAGUGCUUGGGCAUUAUGGCAAGUGAGUUUCAGUUCUGCUGCCUGAAAUAUUCGAUGUUUUGUUUGGAAGAACACAGCAUUAAAGAACCCAUAGAUUGACUAAUAUUCUUCAUCUUUCAGUUUGGAUGAUUGUAAUUCAGCUGAUUGUGUCUAGUUUGAUGUUUGAGGAUCUGAAAAAUAUUUCACAGUAGGGGGAAAUACUCAAUGUCUGAAAGAAGCAGAAAAUUGUUAUUGGUCUGACAGCGUUUGAUGCAAUGAAGAGGUCUGUAAGACAUAGCCCUUGCAAAUCUGUCUUCAAUACACAAAACUGUGACUGAAUUAGCUGUUUCCCUGUUGAUUCUUUCAUGUACCCAGGUAUAAAAAUUGGUGAGUUUCUCUUGUCUUCAGAGUGCCAUUGGAUUUUAUUUCUGAAUUUAAAAUGAAUAGUAAAAUAUUUGUAAUGCUGUUCUUUAACCCACCUAAAUCUUUGAAGAGAAACCUGCUUAUAUUGUUGUUCUGAAGCUUAAAGUUUACAUCUAGAUCACACUCAGUAAGCUCCUCAGCCUAAACCUGCCACACGUGUAGUGUCUGAUGCAUUCAGUAUUUUGUCCUUACAUUGUUUUCUACUGUCUGAAAAAUAAGUCUGAUGAACUUUCACUGUAAUUGAGUAAAAUUUGUUUUUGGCCUUUAUUUUGAUGAUUAAGUUAGGAUUCUAGGAUGCUGAAGUUACAUAAAAGGAGAGGCAUAGAUAUUAUUUUUGAGAAUGUCUUUUGCCUUUGAAGCAUUGCAUUCUUGUCUAAAUUUGCAAAAGUUUAGCUGAUUUUGUAUGUAAUUGAGUAUGCAACCAUGUGAAGAAUAAAUCUUAUUUUGGAAAUCUGCUGACCUUAAUAUUUUUCUCUACACUUUCUCCAAAUACUUUGCUCUGAAUACCUUGAUGGGAAUUGGAAUAUAUCAAAAAAGAUGAUUAUUUUUGUUGUGGCUUGGAUAUUAAAGGGUAUUAGUUACCCAAGAGAUACAUUUUCUGUUUUUCUGACAGUGUUCAGUGACAUGAACCCACUCAUAAGUGACUAAUAAGUGAUUUUUACCUACUUUUUUUAUUUAGUGUUUAUUUUGAAGAGUUAUAUUACCCUGAACAAAUGAAAUUACCUGCUUUAGUUUUAGUGGGAAGACUCAUUCUGAUCAUCUCAUCCUUUGCUCUUCAGGCCAUCUCAGUCCUUCACUCUCCUCUGGCUGCCUCUGCAGCAGUUGAUAAACGGGGAUGACAGCUUAAAAGAUAGACGGCUGUGAAGUUGGGGAGUGGGGUGAAUUAACCCAUUGCAAUAAGAAAGAACAUUCCCCAAACAGUCUUUAAUUUCCAAUUUUGUAGAAGAAGCUCGCUCAUUUUUGGAGUAAAAAGUAUUUUCAUAUCUGUUUAGGGGGGAAUUAACUCAUCAGGAAAGAAUAUUGUUAGGUGUUUAAAUCCUAAAACUAACAGAUAUACUGACACGUAACUUAUUAGAUCACCCAGACAAACUUGGUGAAAUCUUUUGUUUUGUCUUGUAAGACCCCUGCUUACCACGCCGCCUCUUCUCCUGUCCCCAGAUCAGUUUGCUUUUCUCUUAACUCCAGUUUGCUUUUCUUUUUAGUCUCAUGGUAGCAGCUUUUGGGUAAUUUUAGUUGGAGGUUGGAGAGGAGGUAAGGAGAAAGUGCUCUUGUUCAGUGUUUUGGUUCCUAUAAAAAGGGUGCUGCCUGACCCAGUUCAUCUCUAUGUCCUGUUGACUUUGUUAUCAUUCCAGGUAAUUGGAAGAAAAUAUAAUAGAUGCGCAUCAUUAACACCAGCUCAAAAAUAUAUUCUUGUCAGUAAAGAUUUCUUGUCAAGAUGUCUUGGAUUGCACUUUUGUUACGGGAAGACAGUGUAAAUAGUUAAAGAAUGUUGAUAAAACUGAAACAUUUGGCUAUGGAAUUGUGUGGUGUUAGAAGGUUUCUGUUUGUGAACUGUAUGUAUUAAAAAAUAAAAUUUCAGAAACUAA